AUGGCUCAGAGUGACUUCCUCUACCCACAAAACCCAAGGAGGCGACAGGAAGUGAACCGCCUUCACCAGCAGCUGCUGGACUGCUUGUCUGACUGCUUCCAGGUCACCAACAAGCUCACAGGCCUUCUGAAUGCCCACCUGGGUUGCAGGCUGGCCUUCAUUGAAAUGAGAAGUGACGAAACCAUCAAAAGAAACUGUGACCUCAUCAUCCAAGCCGUGACAAAAAUCCAGAAGGAGCUGCAAAAGGUUGACGAGGCACUGAAAGACAAACUCGAGCCAACCCUUUAUAGGAAGCUUCGGGAUAUUAAGGAAAGGGAAACAGAGAAGAUAGCCAUCGUGCAGAAGGUCAUUUCUGUCAUCCUGGGAGAAGCUACAGCUGCAGCCAGUGCAGUGGCUGUCAAACUGGUGGGCUCAAAUGUCACAACGGGUAUAAUUAGCAAGCUGGCCUCUGUGCUGACUCACAUCGGGACUUCUAUCCUCGGGAGCAUCGGAGUAGCCGUGCUCAGCCUCGGGAUAGACAUGGUCGUUCAAGCCAUCUUGGGAGCAGUGGAGAGGACGCAGCUUCAAUCAGCCAUCCAAAGUUACGAGAAGCAUCUGACUGAGUUCAAGGCCGCCUCAGAGAAGUACCAUCAUGCUAUCGCUGAGGUCACCGAUGCUGUGAAGCGCCAGUUAAGGUGAACACUCAGGUGUCUACGCUGGGAUGGCCCUGCGCUUCUCUCUUUGGCGCCGUGCUAACGUCUUUAAUUUUCCAGAUGUCUCCAGCAAUGUGGACACAGAUAAACAAUGUGGCAUGCUCGGGUGUUAGGACAAUGAGUGCCCAAACCAGCUGUGUUGGACCGUCAUGGGAUAACGCUCUAUCCGGGUCUUACCCUGCUGUCAGAACCACUGGGGUGUAAAGGCAUCAUAGAACAGCAAGGCACUGCCUAUUGCUUCCUCAUUGCCAAACAUUCCUGCUAAAUGGAGAGGCCAUUCCCAUUCCCUGUUUCAAACAUCACUUAUGUCUAAUAAGUCAUUCUUAAGAACAUUGGACUAGACACAGACCUGUGGUCUUCAAGUAAAAUAGACAUCCUUCCGUUAUUUUUACCACCGGAUUAAAUUCAAUUGUCUGUUAACUGGAAACAGCAGCAAAACCACAAAAAGAACAUUUUCUUCAGAAAUGAAAGGAAGCAAUGUAUCUGUGAGGUUCUACUCAUCACAAAAUCUGUCUGGGUGGAUUUGGGAAAGGAUGAGAUAAUAAAAUUUGUUUCUAUAGUGCAAUUAAUUUGGACCCCUUGUUGGUCAUCUAUCACUUCAGUGGUCGAACAUUGUGGAACAUUAUAAAACACAAGAAACAAACCCUAAUGAUCCCUACAUAAAAUACAUUAAGAAAAAAGACUCACCCCGUUUAGGAAUUUUUGGGAGAAAUAAUUUCAUUUUCACUAUCAGCAGAAAGAGUCGGCUCCCUUUGCCCCAUAAAGCAUUAGACCUAUGUUAUUUGCCACCUGAAAUCAGAAAAAGCCAGAAACUAUGGAAGCAUAUUGAUCUCACAUAAUUUCUGUAGAUCCAGCAUUUGUUUUCUACACCCUUCAUCUAAGUGUUCUUUGUGAGACAUUUUUAGGGUCUACUUCUGUAUUAGCUAGGAUUUUACUGUUGUGAACAGACACCGUGACCAAGGGAGCUCUUACAAAGACAAACAUUUAAUUGGAGCUGGCUUACAGGCUCAUAUGGCUUACAGGCUCAUAGGUCCAGUCCAUUAUCACCAUGGAAGGAACAUGGCAGCAUCCAGGCAGGUAUGAUGAGGGAACAUGCCAGGUAUGGGUCAGGAGGAGCUGAGAGUUCUACAUCUUCAUUGGAAGGCUGCUAGCAGAAGACUGGCUUCCAGGCAGCUAGAGGUAGGAACUCACCCACAGUGACACCCCUACUCCAACAAGGUCAUGCCUACACCAGCAGGGUUACACCAUAACAUUCAAUUCCCUGGCACACAUAGACUUGUUCUAAUAUAAGUGUAUGGGGCCAUACCUAAACAUAGCAUUGGAAGGAGGGUUAGCUCCUCUUUGCCUUCUUUCAUUUGCUCGCUCGUAUAUCAGUUUACUAGCUUCGUGGGACUGAGCAAGUACUAGAUCCUUGGACUCCCAUUCAUAGCUGACCAUCGUUGGGGGGUUGGACUACAGAAGGUAAGUCAGCAUAAUAAAUUCCCUUACUAUAUACAGACUAUCCAUAAGUUCUGUGGCUCUAGAAAACCCUGAAAGAAGAAUUCAGAUAAAUCAUAAAGGAUUUGGGUUGAUUAAAAGACCAUUUGAAGCAUUAUGGAUCAACCUCUCCUCUGGAAAAACUUAAAAUAAUGUACCCUUUUUCUUUUUUGAAAUAUACAUUUUCGUGUAGAUUAUCACUUUGUGAGUCUCGCCCAGGCACUAUUUAUUCAGUUCAUCAUAUGCUGUGUGCUUAGAGGAAAUAUGUUUGCUGAGAACUUUAGAUUUCGUGCCCAGUGUUAUUUCCUAACUUGUUCUCAAUGGAGGUACACAUGAAGGACAGCGUCGAUUUACACCCGACACCUAACACAUUAUCAAUGAACCACUCUGAAGGACAGCAUCCAUUUACACCCAACAACUAACACAGAAUCAAUGGACGCCUCAGAACGUUAAGCGAACCACUACCUUGCAUCUGGAGAGAAUAUACUUCCGGAAAUGCGUCAGAAUUUCUUGAUCAAUCGGCCAAUCAAAUAGCAGCUUCCCUACUUUUUAUUCUGAUUGGGCUAUAUUAGUGUCAAUCUAGAAUGCUCCGGAAUGAGGCGGGUCUGUUGGCCUAUAGUUAUCCAAUCGGAUAUUGAAUGCGAGUGGAAGUCACUCUGGCUCUAGAGUUAUAUUCUCUCUAUGGUCCCAGUACUUGGCAACGCGCUGAGAGCGCUGGUCCCGGGUACAGGAAGUGACGGAAGCUGGCGGAGGGGCGCGAGGUUUCAAGAUGGCGGUGCCUGUGUGGUUGACCGAGACCCAGAGGUGAAGGCCCCUUCGGAGAAAGUACUCGGGAACCCCUCGCUAGUCGCUCUCGCCGUCCCGGGAGACUCUCAGUCGUGUGAGUACGUGCGGACUAGGUGCUCCGUUUCCCGCUACCCGCCCGGGAACCCCUUAAGCCUUCUCUGAAAUACAAGGCCCAGGGGCCGCGUCUUCCUCCGCUGGGCCCGGGUAGCGGGAAGCAGGGGUUUCAGGGCUCCAGGGCUGGCCGUGCGAUGCGUCCGACGGGCCCUGGGGCGAUCCCGCCUGCUGGGUCAGAUCCACCUCCAGAGUGCGUCGACCGGUGGCCGUGAGUUGACGUGUAGCCGCUCGAGUCGGUACCAACCGUCGCUAUGGUUUCGGCAGUUGCGCUUGAGGCCUCCUUCAGUGGACAUGGACCACUCGGGUUGCAUUUGUGCUGUCUGGGUUCCAUGGUCUUUUGACCUUGUCUGUCCCUACUUUUGUAGGCGAAGGGACCGUGGUCUUGUAAAAAGUUUUCUUUGACUGGUACCUGAUUUGUUUUUAGUUGUGUGUGUGAAGAUGGGGUGGCGUGAAAAGUUUUUUUUUUUAAUGAAGAAGUAAACCAUAUAAACUGUCAACAUGGGACGAAGAUCAACAUCCUCCACCAAGAGUGGGAAGUUUAUGAACCCCACAGACCAAGCCCG